ACGGCGGCGCCACUCAUCGCGAGAGAUGGAAGACCAUCGUGGAGUUCCAGGUCGCGGACGCGAAGCAGCCCAUCAUGAGCGCUGGGAAGUUCUGCGGCCGCACCCCCACCAGGGCGGCCUGGUCCGACGGCAGAGGGGGACCGUUGAAGCACGAGACGGCGGGCUUCGUCAAGCAGACGGAGGUCAGCAACCACUGCGCGCUGGCGCGCUGGACGAAGGUCCACGACAACGCGGGGGAGGUCCGCGUGGAUACGACGCUGCCGGACCAGCACGACCAGCCCCAGCAGCACCACGACCCGCAGCGGACGCACGGCAAGACGCACCAGAGGAAGGACCAGCAGCACCACCAGGAGGCGAAGGCCAGCGACGCAACGCGCAGGUGGGAGGACAGACGCAACGAGAUCACCCCGUUGCUGAGCUUUGACUACGGACAGGCAGGCGUCGAGGGGGGCCCAGUCAACUUCGAGUUCGCCGAGGGCAGCGACGCCUCCGCGGGCGGCAUCUGGAGCUCAGCCUUCGUCCAGAAGGGACGAGACGACCUCUACACCAUUGCCUCGGCAGCCGCGUGGAUCAUAGAGCUGGGUCGCUCGCGGGCCACGCCGCGAUCAGGAGGCGCGGCAGAGUUCGCGCCCAUCACAGCCGCGCGGGCCAGGGCGAGCAAGGAUGGCAUCUGCGAGACGAUCCUGCCGCGGCAUUCCGCGAGGCGCAACAGCCAGGCGAACGGCGGAUCUGAGAGGGCCAUUCAGACGAUUUGGAAGCAGGUCGGGGCGCUGAUGCCGACGGUCUCUGACAAGCUGAAGCACCGCCUCAGACCCAGCUCGACGUUCCUCACCCGGUUGCUCGCCACGCUGCGCG